UAACUAAUGACCCAAGAGUCAAUGACCCUGUAGACAACAAACACAGUAGACUGGCAGUAUAGAGAGAUAGAGUGCGUACGGUAGAGAGAUCUGGAGGAUAUGCAGAGUAGGUGGACACUUCAUCGUUGAGAGAGAGAGAGUGUGUGUGAUGGAUUUAGGGAUUUGAGAUUGGUUUUCAAACUACUAUGCAAGUUUGGAGUUCGUCAAUGAUCAAAUAGUAUUCAACUUUCUUUUUCGUCCAAUCUGAUUAACCCUAACAGGCAAUCGUAUCUGUGUCUUGAUUAUUGGGUCUGCUUUGGAUAAAAUCGGGAUUGUAGGGCUUCAGUAGUUGUCAAUUGGGCUGAUGAAAUGGAAGAAAAUGCAUCGGCAUUUCAUACAGCGAUUAGUUCAGUAGAGUCACUGGGUAGGGGCUUCGAUGUGAACUUCGAUACCAGAUUGCUAUAUUGUAAAGGAGUAUCAGGGUCUAGGGUUGUUGAAAUUGAUGAAGAACAAACUAAGGAUCUAUGGCUCUAUGAUGGUAUGGUUGUGCCCAAUAUUUCCAAGGACAUUAGGAAUUCGCAGGAACCGAUUGGCCGUGAUAGUUCAGGGGUCUGCAGUUUUCAUGAGAUGGUGGAGUAUUUCAAUACAAAAGCUAAUCUAUCAGGCCAUAUUCCUAUUGGUAGCUUCAAUGCUGCAUUCAGCUUUUCCGGUUCUAAGCAUAUUGAUGCUGCAGCAGUAAAGACCCUUUCCAUGGAUGGUUUUUUCAUCCCACUUGCUAAAAUUCAGCUCAUAAAAUCUCAGUUAGUGUUGCAAGGAAAUGUCAGAAGAGCAGUCCCAACAUCGUGGGACCCACCUGCUUUAGCAAGCUUUAUUGAAAACUUCGGUACACAUGUUAUUACAUCUGUAACUAUUGGUGGCAAGGAUGUGAUUUACGUUAAACAGCACCGGUCAUCGCCUUUGUCAGCCAUGGAGUUAAAAAAUUAUGUUCAAGAUAUUGGAAAUCAGAGGUUCUCCAGCAUUGAUAGUCAUACAAGUUUUCAGGGUGUUGAUGCUUCUUUAUUCAACAGCCAAGGGAUAUAUCCUCAACCCACUAGUGCACCUUAUCUGGCCGGGAAUGGAAAAGAAGAUGUUACAGUCAUUUUCAGACGGCGGGGAGGAGAUGAUCUGGAACAAAGUCACAUCCAGUGGGCAAGGACUGUUCGGUCCUCUCCAGAUGUCAUCGAGAUGUCAUUUUCUCCACUCACACUUCUUCUUGAUGGAAUCUCUGGAAAGGAGCAUCUGACUCGUGCUAUAGGCCUCUAUCUUGAAUACAAACCUCAGAUUGAAGAGCUGAGAUAUUUCCUAGAGUUCCAGAUCCCUCGGAUAUGGGCUCCUGUACAGGGAAAGCUUCCUGGCCAGCAAAGAAAAGAACCUGUUUGCCCAUCUUUGCAGUUCAGCAUUAUGGGGCAAAAGCUUUACAUCAGCCAAGAGCAAAUAUCUGUUGGACGUAAGCCUGUUACUGGUCUGCGGUUAUGUCUAGAAGGAUCCAAGCAUAAUCGGCUCUGUAUUCAUCUUGAACACUUAUCGUCCCUUCCAAAAAUCCUCCAACCAUACUGGGACUCUCAUGUAGCAAUUGGUGCUCCCAAAUGGCAUGGCCCUGAAGAACAAGAUAGCCGCUGGUUUGAGCCAGUGAAAUGGAAGAACUUCUCUCAUGUGAGCACUGCGCCAAUUGAGUCUCCUGAAACCUUCAUAGAUGAUUUCUCUGGCGUGUACAUAGUCACAGGUGCUCAGCUUGGGGUCUGGGAUUUUGGGUCGAGAAAUGUAUUGUAUAUGAAGCUCUUGUACUACAGGCUACCGGGCUGCACAGUAAGAAGAACGUUAUGGGACCAUUCCCCGAAUGAGAAGUCGAGAAAGCUAAUCACUACUGGAAAUAAUGCUGGUGACUCAAGUUCAGGAUUGAGGGAAAACAAUGUAGCCAACAAGUUGGCAAAGUUUGUUGAUAUGUCCGAGAUGACUAAGGGGCCGCAAGAUCCUCCAGGUCAUUGGUUGGUAACGGGUGGAAAGCUUGGUGUGGAGAAAGGGAAAAUUGUUUUGAGAGUGAAAUACUCCUUGCUAAAUUAUUGAGUUUACUGGUAGGGUUUCUGAUGUGCACGGCCUUGGAUUUGUCAGGUAGAAGUGCUGUUUUGGAUUUAUAUUGGGUUCUUGUUCAUCUACCAUGUGAACUGUUGCAGUGUGAUGAACUGAGUUGAAUGAGAUGAGGACAUGUCCUUGGUGGCCUUGGAUGUAUGGAAUUCUUUCCAAUUUUGUUGGCAAUUUCUGUUUCCUUGGGAAAUCUUGUGAAUUUUGUAGAAAUGUCAUCUUCUACUUUUACCUCUUAAACUGUAUAUAUGUCCACAGAGAAUGGUACUCUGCAUUUUAUAAUUUACCCUUUUUUUUUUUUUUUGGGACUUUAGAAGUGGUGGCUUGUAGCACAAUUGUGAUGUAUUUUAAUGAUAAACGUAAUAAUAAUAAUAAUAAGAAUGUACUUGUAGGUUGGUGUAGACCAAUAA